AUGGUCCUCACAGAGACACCAUAUCCAGCACGCCUGACCGGGAUAGCACUGGGAGAGCGGAAGAAAACAUACAUUGAUGUGCAAGUCAUGAAUCUGGGAGAUGCUUUUGUGCCCAGUCGUUUCCAAAACACCUAUGUUUCGAGAGAUGCACCCUACCUUAACCUCGAGGGGUGUGUGACGUUCCUCGAACUCAUCAAGUCGAAGCGACCAGAGAAAAAGUACAAUAUUGAUGAGAUAAGGAGACAGGUGAUCAAAAGGCAUCUUGAUCGACGGCUGGGUGGCAAGAAGGCCGCAGCUUGGUAUGAGGGCCUGGCAAAAUCAUUCGUACAGGUUUUUGACGGCACAGAAUUCGCAAAUAGAAACGAGGGUAUUAUCGGGCGUUUGCUUCUGAGGGCGCUCGAUCAUCUCCCAGGCGGUGCAGCAGCGGUAGAGAUGUGUGAGUCACAGCUGAUAGAAGCGCUGCGGCCGUGCAUCAACGCGACCAUACAAGCAAUUGACGGGCGGCUCAGUCAAGCAUCUCUGGGGCGCAUAUUUGUGACCGGGGGGGAUGCAAUGAGGCGCUUCGACAGCGGGAUCCGGAUCUCAAAGGACAUCGACACGAAGAUAUAUGUGCCACCAGGGCCGCACUUGGAUGAUGUGGUCAGCUUGACUACUGCACUGGUCGGCAAGGCAGUGACUAUGAUGGUGGAAGAGAGGGCACGAAUACUGCCGCGCAAUAUUGAGAGCGUCAUCUGUGGCACGCCGGUGGGCUUCUUGUAUAGAAUUCGUGACAAUGACAAUCUGCAGUUCAGACUGCGCUAUCUGCCUAAAGAGCCCAACGGUCGCCCACGGCUAGUAAGUAUCGAUUACAGAAUGAGGGUGCGGGUUGGCAGCCUCGAAUUCAACCAUAACAUCCCUGUGCUGGACGUGGUCGUUCAGAGGGCACCGAAAUCAACGGAUCCGCGCGAGGCCAGCACCAAGCUCCCAAUUGCGGGGCUACCAUGGCUCGUUGACGACAUCAAGCACACAUGGCAGUCGAGCUCGAGGGCAAAGCAGCGGCAGCACUUGGAUGAUGUGGUCAGCUUGGCUACUGCACUGGUCGGAAAGGCGGUCACUAUCAUGGUGAAAGAGCUGGCGCGAAUACUGCCACCCAACGUUGAGAGGGUCAUCAGUGGCACGCCCGUGGGCUUCUUGUACAGGAUUCGUGACAACGAUAAUCUGCAGUUCAGACUGCGAUAUCUGCCUAAAGAGCCUAACGGUCGCCCGCGGCUUGUAAGUAUUGAUUAUAGGAUGAGAGUGAGGGUUGGAAGCCUCGAAUUCAACCACAACGUCCCAGUAUUGGACGUGGUCAUUCAGAGGGCACCGAAAUCAACGGAUCCGCGUGAGGCCAGCACCAACCUCCCAAUUGCAGGGCUUCCAUGGCUGGUCGACGACAUCAAGCACACAUGGCAGUCGAGCUCGAGGGCAAAGCAGCGUGUGUGGGCGGGAAAGCGCGAAAAGAACCUGGCACGGCUCCAGGAGCUACAGAAACGUCUGGACGCGAAUCGCUCAGCAAGAGAGGGCAAUCUCGGACGGGUUGAUAAUGGGGUCUUAGAGUAUCUACAAGACAAAUCCAAACCGCCUCUGAUUCCUGACUACCUGACACUGUUCGCUUGGGCUGAGGCACGCAAAAGGUACUUGGGCCUUCAGCCGGAGGCCGACCGUUCCACGCUGGCAAAGCAGAGCAAGAAGCAGAAGCUCCCGUUCUCACGGACGAAGCUCGACCAAUGGAGAAGGGAGAUGCAGAGCCUGUGA